AUGGACAUGAUAAAUUCCCCUAAGCACAAGGAGUUUAAAUCCAGAAUCCCCACGUUUGUGGGCCGAAUUAAGAGAAAAACACCAAUAGCUAAUGUGCCAACGCAGACACUCAAAAGUUCAUUUGGGAAGGAUAAUAUAUACAGUGAAUAUGUGGACGUUCUUGAUGCUUAUAUGAAUCAAGAUAUUCUCUCCGAGAGACGUCAGCUGCGAAAGUUACGGAGCCAAGUAGAGCUUGCAAAAGUGCAGUUGGAAUCCAUAAAUGAGGACAAAUGCGAGUAUCAGCGCAAGAAACGGAAGCUGGAAUUGUCAAUAAAGGAAGGAAAUGAGAUUUAUAAUAAGUUAGAUGAAAUAUUUCGCUCAAGAAACCUUGCCUUGAGUAAAGAGAUUCAAGAUAACCGCCAGCAGUUUGAGCAAAAGAAGAAGGAGAUCACUUCAAGAUUUUCUGAGAAGUUGGAUGAUUUUAAAAGUCAGUGCGAGAAGUUGGUAGCUGCAUCUACAGUUGAUGAGGAAACAGAAAGCAACCGGAAUAGAAGGCUGGAUGCUCUUAACAGGGAAUGCACACAAUUGACGGAAAAACUCAAGCAGACGAAAGAUGUUUUGGCGUUAAAGUUGGCCAAUAUUCGAAAAGAAUUGGAUCUUAAGCUUUUGAAACAGGAUGAAGGUGAUGAAAGUUUAUCAAGGUUACAGAGUGAAUCAGCAGCAUUAAAAGCUCAGAUAGAGCAGACAAAGCUGGAAGUCGACUCACAUAAGAAGGAAUUAGAAGCUGCAGAAACAAAGUUCAGGUGUUUACAAGAUGACAUCUCGAAAUUAAAGCCUUUUACCGGCUCCAUAGAAGUCGAGCUUAAAAAUUUGAAAAAGGAGGAAAGUCAACUUGAUUCCGAUAUUGAGCUGAUAACAGCUGGAAAUAAGAAAUUGGAGGGUGGCUUGUAUAAAGAUAUGGAAAAUAGGUUUAGUUUGGCUACCAAGAGAUUGCGGGAUUCAGAAAGUAUAGCCUUCAGACUUAAAAGAGAAAUUGAGAAAUAUCAAGAUUAUAUUCCGUUAUACGUGAUGGCCUCGGAUUCAUCGUAUUGCGUAAAAAAUGCCAACUUUAUACCCGAAGCAUCAAAUAUUAUACCAUGUAUCAUUGCUCAUCUAGAUGAUUUGGAGGCCGGAAUAUCACAUGCAAUUUUACUAUUUAACAUUGAAGAUCCAGAAGGGACUUGGAAAGUUUUGAGCAAAUUCUUAAGUACAUUAGGUGCAGAGAAUAUUUCAAGCUUUUCAGAUAGCCAAUUCGGAGAAGUUAUGGCUUCAGUUGAGUCAACAUUUAAAAAUGGCACUAAUCUAACAUUUAAUAAGAAUGGCAAAGUGGUAAAGGCAUCGGUUAUCUUCCUGAGCUUGCAAUUACAGAAUAAUAUUGUGCAAGCGUUGAAUAAUGUAUAUUUGCGUCUUUCUACUUUGACCGUGGUUAAGGUAACAUCUGGAUCUGAAAAAGCAGUUGUGGAAAGGCUUCUUGAAUACAGAAAAGCGGAAAAGCAAGCUGUGUAUGCAUACAGGAACGAGUGUCCAUAA